CCUGUCUCGUAAGGUCAGGAAGCGUACGAUCAAAAUACUAAGUUGGGUACCGAGUCGUCGGGGACGGCUCUUCUCAGUAUUUUCAGACCUAGGCCUAGCCGGGGACAUUUUGAUAAAUGGUGAUUGUUAAAACCUAGCAGUGUUGUUUGAGACCCAAAGAUGAUGAAUGUGUUCUGUAAACAGUUGCGUCCACUUGGUCUUGCCAUGACCUCUCGUGUGGCCUUCAAUUUCAUCAUCAACAACAUCUUUGUAACAUCAAGGAUUACUAGUAUACCUCAUUUUUCCCAACGAAAACAAAACUUUUCUACUCUCCUACCAAAAACCUACAAAACUGUUCAUUAUGUUUUACCAAGAUUCAAGAAUUAUUCUCCAUUAUUAUCAAAUAAGAUGUAUACUCAAUUUCAUACUACUAAAAUAAAUAAGAAAAUAUCAAUUGAUUGGAUAAAGAAUCCAGGCCAACAAGGGAGGUGCAUAAGUUUUAAAACAAGCGCAAUAGUUGAUGCAAUGCCUGGUAGAGUACAACCCUAUCUACGUCUAAUUCGUUUUGAUAAACCAAUAGGAACGUGGCUGUUGUAUUUACCUUGUGCGUGGAGCAUUGCUAUGGCUGCUAGUCCCGGUAGUUUCCCAAAUUUUUACUAUCUUGGAGUGUGCGGAAUCGGUGCAUUGUUAAUGAGAGGAGCGGGCUGUACAAUUAAUGAUAUGUGGGACAAAGACUUUGACAAAUCAGUUUUCAGGACAAAGUCAAGACCAAUUGCAGCUGGAGAGAUCUCAAGAUUUCAAGCAUUAGUGUUUCUUGGAGCCCAGCUAUCUGCUGCCCUCGCUAUUUUAUUAUCAUUCAACACAUACAGCAUUGUUGUAGGGGCCUCUUCUAUGGCUCUUGUUGUCACUUACCCUCUUAUGAAGAGAAUUACAUUUUGGCCUCAAGCAUUUCUUGGUCUUGCAAUGAAUUGGGGUAUAUUGGUUGGCUGGUCUGCUGUACAUGGGAGCUGUGAUUGGUCGGUUGUUCUACCCCUGUUUACUAGUGGUAUAUGCUGGACGAUUGUGUACGAUACUAUAUAUGGCCAUCAGGACAAAUCUGAUGACUUGGCUCUUGGUCUAAAAUCUACAUCUAUUCUGAUGGGUGAUAAAACCAAGUAUUGGUUAAGCGGUUUUGGUACAGCAAUGAUUGGUAACCUAGCCCUCGCGGGCUACAUGUGUGACCAAACGUUAGCCUAUUACUUGGCUGUGGGGCUAGUAGCAGGGCAUAUAUCAAGUCAGAUAUGGACUCUGGAUAUUAACAACCCGGAAGACUGCUGGAAGAAGUUCAGCUCCAACAAACGACUCGGUUUUAUCUUACUUGCUGGAAUAAUUGCCGGGACAUUAGCCAAAGUGGAUAAAAACAAAGGAAAACAUAAUGACACCACAACUGCCCAGGCACAAACUUAAACACUAGGUUUUUGAAAACAAUUUAGAUCUGAAACAAAGAUUUAAGGCCAAAAAAUUGAGUAAGUGAGAAACGUAUGAAGUGUACACUUUGGGCCGUGUUUGAGAUCUCAUUGCAUUAUACAGUAUAAAGAAUGUGAUGUAGUAAUUGGUUGCUGGUGUGUAAAAAUCAGGGUAUUCAAAAUUGUACGUAUCUACGAGUGCUAACAGGCCAAGAAGAUGGUCAGCGGUUUUUCGCGAAACAAGAUAUAAUGAAAGUCUCGCUCUCAACGAUUACAUAAACUAGCAAAUAAAAACCAACUAAAAGGAUACUUUUCGCAAUAUUUAUUCGGAUCAACAUAAUCCAGUAUUGAAGUAUUUUUAUACCAAUUUUGAUAUUUUUCAUAAUUAUAAAAGAAAAAUCAAAAGAAAUAUUUCCCCAUUUUUAAUUCUUUUGGAGUUAUUAUUCGCAUUUGUACAAUGGAUAUAAUACAUAAAUUGAACUCAUCAACAAUCAUAGCCUGGGCUCUGAAAAAUGCUAAUAGUAUAAAGUAAUAACAAAGAUUCACUUGGCAUUAUAUGUUUUUUUUGUUCUCAAACAUCCAAGAAAAAUAGAAAAGUAGAUAUACUAUCUGACAGAUAAAUAUAACAGAAAUUAUGAGGCUCUCUGAGAAUAGGUACUGUUGAAUUUGUUUCCUUGGAACCUCACUAGUGUGUAAGCAACUAAUGUUUAUUUACCUUUUCCACACACACAUACACAACUUUGACAAUCCAUUCAUACAAGUUUACAUUUACCUUACAUUAUUGGGCCAUAGUCGGGGAUCUUGUCGCUAUUGAUUUAAUAUGUGUGGUUGACUUUUUAAAUAUACAUUUUGAGAUGUUUAUCUUAUAUGUAUCAUGAUCAUUUUAUAAAAAACUAAUAAUUCAUCUCCAUUUUUGUUUUCUCAUAAUUAUAACUUAUAUAUACCAUACUAUUUGUUUAUAAGAAAUAUAAAUAAUUAAUUAAUAUUAAUCAUUCCUAAAAUACAGAUACCAAAUAUAAUUGGCAUACACACUGUAAUGAAAGGUAAUGGUAAAAUUGUUAAGAAUGCAAAUAAAAAACAUCUUAAAAAAUGAAAAUUGUAAAGGUAAGGCAUUCUGCAACCCAAUAUUUUGCUGCAUUAAUAAAUGGUCUAAGCCUAGUGUUUCUUAGAAAUUCAUGUCAUGAAAAUUUAGGCUUUUGAGGUAUAGGCCUAUUAAUGAAAGAGGAGCAACAGAUUCUAAUAAACCAGUAAGAUGGAAUAAUGCCUGAUAAAGAUUAUGCAUGAGUUAAUGGUAUUACAAAUAAUAUUAAUGGUUUGUACAAAUGAAAUGAUUGUUACUGAAUAUAAAGUAACAAAAAUGUCUAGGAAUAGAAAAAUUAUUUAAGCUAUUUUGGCAGAGAACUCUUGUUAGAUCAGGAUUUAGCUAAAAUUUGUAUCUGGAUAGAUCCUGCCUAAACUGGAUCCAACCAGAAAUUAAUGCAUAAUUGAACACAUUUCACUUCAUAAACCAUGGAAUGCAGCCAUUUGCAACAUGGAACAAACAUCAACAAAUUAAUUCACAUCUUGUGCUUUGCAUAUUAACAUCUUUGGCAAGUACAAAGUAUAGGCCUACACAUACAACAAGACACAACUACAGAAUAUCUACACCUAGGUAAAUGUAACAAUAUAUACAAUAAGGCAUUUUUAAAAAUAAUUACUACUUCAGAUGUUGCUCAAUGAUGUCCCCAGCACACAAUUUUGUUUCAACAAAUAAUAUACAAAUGUUAACUUGCAGAUAUUUUUUAGUUUGAUUAGGCAAGACUUCUUUUAUACUUGUUUUGCGAACACACUGCCCGCCAAUACUGAUGAUUUCAAAUAAAAAUAAAAUUUGUCACGAAAAAA